AUGGGUCAAGGCUACUCCCUCACGACCCUUUCCGCGGGCUCGGCUGGGAUCGAUAUCCCCGAGCUGUCCGACCUGACAUAUGAGAAGUCUAUGGGCGGCGGCCGGUUUAUGAAGAGCAUCCGCGCCAGACAGAAAAAUGGCUUGGUCUUUGUAAAGGUAAUAAUGAAGCCUUACCCGAGUAUGAAGCUGGAGCCAUAUGUCAGAGCAAUCACUCGGGAACGCAAGCUCUUAUCAGAUGUACCAAAUGCCUUAAGCUAUCAAAGAAUUUUGGAAACAGGCACCGGGGGUUACCUCGUUCGCCAGUAUAUCCACAGCUCGCUGUAUGAUCGAAUGAGUACCCGACCCUUUCCAGAGGAUAUCGAAAAGAAAUGGAUCGCUUUUCAACUCCUCUGUGCUCUCCGUGACUGCCAUGCGGUUGAUGUCUUCCACGGUGACAUCAAGACAGAAAAUGUCUUGGUCACGGCCUGGAACUGGGUGUACCUUUCGGAUUUCUCCUCGUCUUUCAAGCCGACCUUUCUUCCAGAGGAUAACCCUGCCGACUUUUCCUUUUACUUUGAUACGUCAGGGCGACGAACGUGCUACCUGGCCCCGGAAAGGUUCCUAGUCGCGAACGAGGAGCCAGGGAGUAGGAACGUCAACUGGGCCAUGGACAUUUUCAGUGCUGGCUGUGUUAUUGCCGAGCUGUUUCUGGAAUCGCCAAUAUUUACCCUAAGCCAGAUCUACAAAUACCGAAAAGGCGAAUACAGCCCGGAGCAUAGUCAGCUAGCCAAGAUUGAGGACCCUGAAAUACGUGCUUUGAUCCUUCAUAUGAUUCAACUCGAACCUGAAUCAAGGUACUCGGCCGAAGAGUACCUGAAUUUCUGGAAGAUAAAAGCUUUUCCAGAAUACUUCUACAGUUUCCUCCAUCAAUACAUGUCCCUCAUGACUGAUCCUUCUUCUGGUAGGACGCUGGUCGAGGCAGGAUCGGCAAAUCGAGGAGAGGCCGAUGACAGAAUAGAGAGGGUUUACCUAGACUUUGACAAAAUAUCCUCCCUUCUAGGUGCCCAUCUUGAGCCGAGCAAGAAUGGAUCCACGAGCACAACCUCAAAACUUACCAGCGGCACCUUUCCCGUUGAGCUUGACCUUCCACGUUACGAGUAUUCAGAUCGCACGCCUACUGAUGAUGGGGUGUUAAUCUUCCUGACGCUCGUCGUGUCUAGCCUCCGCAGCACUUCCAAAGCAUCUGCCCGCGUCAAAGCUUGCGACGUCCUUCUUGCAUUUGCAGAGAGGCUGUCCGACGAGGCCAAGUUAGACCGCAUCCUUCCAUAUAUCAUGAUCCUUCUCGGUGAUCGAACUGACUCUGUGAAAAUUGCCGCGAUACGGGCGCUUGCACGGCUCUUGGAGAUGGUCCAGGUUGUGUCCCCCGUCAAUGCAUACCUUUUCUCCGAAUACAUCUUUCCGAGGGUACAACCGUUUGUUUCGAGCGCAAACUCGCCCCCCAGCCCGCCGGUCCGAGCCGCAUAUGCCUCAUGCAUUGCAUCACUUGCGCAUUCUUCGCUCAGGUUCCUGGAUAUGAUACAAGCGCUACGCUCUGACACGCGCCUGCCAGCUUUCAUACCGGCUGGAUCUGAGCCGAGAUGGACAGAGGAUGCAACGUAUCAUAAUCUGUAUGAUGUAGCAAGAAUAGACCUUCUUGACUACUUCGAGGCUCACACCAAAGCACUCUUGACGGACACCGAUGCCUCCGUCCGUCGCGCGUUUCUCGGCUCUGUGCCGAGUCUAUGCGUGUUUUUUGGGACAAUGAAGACCAAUGAGGUGAUUCUAAGCCAUCUCAACACAUACCUAAAUGAUCGGGAUUGGAUCCUCAAGUGCGCAUUCUUCGAGGCCGUGGUGGGUGUUGCUGUAUAUGUUGGGAGCACCAGCCUGGAGCAGUAUAUCUUGCCUUUAAUGGUGCAAUCAAUGACGGACCCGGAAGAGUUCGUUGUCGAGAGAGUCCUCCGCUCGCUUGCGGCCAUGGCCGACCUUGGCCUUUUCCAGAGAGCAACUACUUGGGAUCUCCUGCAUAACACUGUGCGCUUCAUGGUGCAUCCAAACGCUUGGAUCCGAGAAGCUUCCGUUAGCCUGGUCGUCAAUUCAACCAAGUUCUUGUCCGCCGCCGAUAAAUACUCUAUCCUUACCCCGCUUGUUCGCCCAUUUUUAAAGGUGAGCAUUGUGGACUUCACCGAAGGCGACAUACUUGAUGCUUUAAAAGCUCCACUCCCAAAGGCCUUGUAUGAUCAGGCGUUCGUGUGGGCGUCACAGGCCGAAAAGGGACUUUUUUGGAAGUCUAUCAAACGAGACGGUGCUGUUGAUGCCACGGUUCAGAAAAGAGGUCAGAAACCCCUAUCCCUUGCUGCCCAUUCAAAGAAUGAAGAGGACGAGCAAUGGAUCGCAAAACUGAGAACAUUGGGGAUGAGCACGGAGGAUGAGUUCAAACUGCUCGCUCUGCGGGAGCAUAUUUGGAGGGUCUCGAUGCGCCAAAACAAGGAUCAGGAGAGCGCAGGAUCUUCACUAAACAACGUUGUUGCCUUGAUCAAUCUUAGUGUUACACCCCAAACAGUCUUAUUUGACAGGAGCCAAAACGUCAAGGCGCGAAGGAACCCGGUGGUUAGACCACAAUCGGCUCGAGACGAUAGCAAAACAUCCACAAUCGCCGACGCAUUGCUCGAUGCCUCAACAACGAUUGAUAAUGCAGCCAAUUCCCGUCGUCGUCAUGCGCGCUCCAAAAGUCAGGCUCAACAGGAGAUUGAGGCCGGUAUAGUCACACCGCGGCCAAAUUCUAUUGGUACUCUCCGUGCACGGGAGUCUCCCGCCUCGUCACCUAUUGCGUCCUCCCCAAGUGCAGCGCCAGGCUCUCGUCCACGAUCGCCUCCUAGCUCUGAUGCUGAGCGCCGGCUAUCAGACGGUAGACGGAGCCCUGGUCAAGAGAGCUCAUCGACCGAAACGGACAAUCUUAGUGUGAGACGGUUGAGAGCGGGGGUGCAGAAAAAGUCGAGUGCCAUGAGUUUGCUCAACCGCAGAGAUACCGCCAAGGCAUACGCAGAAACAGGUACCAGCUCAGCCAAUGCCUUUGGGAGGAUUGGCGCGCCGACCCCGAAAGAUGCAGUCUCGCCUGCUCCUCGUGAAAGGAAACCUGUGGACCAACAAAUACAGCAAUAUCGAGCCAACCACUCCUAUACAGGAGACGACCCCAUGAUUCUCAGACUUUUGGAUUCUGUUUUCGCGGAGAACUAUCCCACGGAUUUCUUUGAUCUCGGUCCAUACGUCAAGGAGUUAGACCCUCGACGGCCAAUCACGAAAGCAAACGGCGUUGAUGCGAAUAAAAUCUGGAGACCGACCGGAACACUUGUGGCCCUUUUUGGCGAGCAUACCGGACCUGUAAAUCGAGUGGUCGUCUCCCCUGAUCACUCUUUUUUCGUUACCGGUUCUGACGACGGCACUGUCAAAGUAUGGGACACUACACGCUUGGAAAAGAACCUCACACCUCGGUCGCGUCAAACCUACCGUCACUCUACCAACGCCAAGGUAAAGGCGUUGACUUUUGUCGAAAAUACAUAUACCUUCGUCAGUGCUGCUACUGAUGGCAGCAUUCACGCAGUCAAAGUCGGAUACCACAAUUCCAACGGUACAGUGCGGUACGGCAAGCUCCAACUUGUGCGCGAGUACCAAUUGUCCAGAGCACAUGAUGGGUCGCCAGAGUACGCACUCUGGCUAGAGCACUUCCGCAUGGAUGCACAAUCCACGCUACUGAUCGCAACAAGCAUGUGCCGAAUCAUCGCCCUAGACAUGAAAACCAUGCGACCCGUCUAUACCCUGCAAAACCCGAUCCACCACGGAAUCCCUACAACCUUCUGCUGCGACCGUAAACACUACUGGCUUCUCGUUGGUACGACGCAUGGAAUCCUCGACCUCUGGGAUCUAAGGUUCCAGGUGCGGCUCAAGGCCUGGGGUCUAUCAGGCUCAGGCCCUAUCCACAGGCUGCAGCUGCAUCCCACCAGGGGUCACGGCCGGUGGGUAUGCGUCUCGGCGGGCGGCAGUCACGGAAACGAGAUAAUCGUCUGGGACAUUGAGAAACUCAAGUGCCGUGAAGUGUAUCAAGCUGAUUAUCCCAAACCCCCACUCGCCGAGCCAGAUUCAAAGGAAGGCCCAGGCAGUAGCCAAGCCAAGCAGCCCCAGCAGCAGCUUCAGCAGCAGCCCCAUCACAAUCUUAAAGAGUACGAAGCCUGGCACGUCGAAGGCGACCGCCCCGAAGGCAUGCUCAGCCGCUUCGCAAAAGGAACCGCCGAACCACCCACCGGACCCGGCCCCUCAACAGCCACCCCAGCGGGGACCGGAAUCAGAACCUUCAUCCCUGGCUUUGAUUAUCCCGAGGACGGCAAGGACAACAGCACCCGCGUCGGGUUCAUCAUCUCCGGCGGCUGCGACCGUAAGAUCCGGUUCUGGGACCUCCAUCGCCCCGAUCAGUCUGCAAUAAUCAGCGGGUUUGAUCCCAUCUCGGAUGGAGGCGCCACAGGGACACCGCGAUACGUCGUAACCGCGCCCACGCAGUCCCUUACGUUCGCCACGGAGGAGCUGCCAAAGCCCCCUCCUGAUGCCGGUGACGGCAAAAACGGCGGUAAAAGGAAUAGAGGCAGCCGGAUACCGCGAAGUACUGUGAUUAGCCUUCAACAGCAGCAGCUUCUCAAGAGCCAUCUAGACUUUAUUCAGGAUAUUGCCGUGCUGAGGGUGCCGUAUGGCAUGGUUAUUAGCGUUGAUCGGGCGGGUAUGGUUUAUGUUUUCCAGUAG